CGGCACUUAGAAACGCGUGUAUAGCUUAAACCAAAGAAUAUGUUAGCGGCUGAAAAGAGGCGUCUUCUCCAUAAGACGCGUCCAGUUUCAGCUUCGGAAAAGCCAGGAUCCAUAUAUCCUCAACGAGCCUUAUAUUUAUUAGUGUGUUUCUCCAUUGCCACCAUAUCGCUUGGAUAUCUCCACUUUAUUGGUGCUAUUGAUAUUGGCAGAUUUGGAAUUCUGUCUGUAAUAAGCGAUUUGACCAAACAAGAUGCUGUCAGCGAGCCUUUCAGUUUACAUAAAGAACAGACUCUGCUGGUUCAUACUGAAUCAGAUGAGCAGACGUUUGAACUCAAACAUAUCUUCCAUCACGGAACUGGGCCAGAGAACUAUCGAUUGCAUCGGCGGUUGGACAUUACGCCAAGCUACUUGGCCAAGCACAGCAGCUAUUUCGCCGAUUUUUCCCAGAGAUUGGCCCAGAAAAGGGAUGACAGCUCCGUAGACUCCGAGAAUUUGGAAGAUAUCUACAAUCUCAUGGACUGGCCGGACGUACAUAAGCACAAAAAUCCAUUUACGAUCCAGUUGCCAAUCAAAAAGGACCACAAAAAGGGUAAAGUCGUGAGACUUAAAGACAGACAUGAGCCUGGCUUUCUCGAUUCGUAUCUCUCUUAUGCCUUACAGGUUAAAGGUGACCCUAAAAUUCUCAACAGAAUAGCGUUGGAAUGGGAAGAUGAGAUAGAAAUCGAUAUCCCCAACAUGAAAGACAAGGACACCUUGGUUUCGUUGGCUACGAUAUCAUCUAAUGCUUAUGUGAAGUUUCCCAAAGACGAAAACGAGAAGAACAAACUGGACUGGAUCGAUGUGGGCCAGUGGGAACCUGACCAGGAAAACGUAGACCUUAACUUUGGUUGGGAAGAUAUAGGCUUAAGAGGCCAUGUCUUUGUAAGCAAAGACAAUAAGACUGUAGUGAUAGGAAUCAAAGGAACAUCUGGAGCUGGAUUACCCGGUGGAGGAAGCGACGAAACUGCUGGAAAUGACAAGGACAACGAUAAUCUCUUGUUUUCGUGCUGUUGCGCUCGUGUUGGUUAUAUGUGGACGACAGUCUGCAAUUGCUACGAGAAAACCUAUACUUGUAACCAGGACUGUUUGGAAAAAGAACUUUUGAGAGAAGACAAGUACUACCAGGCGGUAUUAGACCUCUAUCGUAACGUCUCUGCCAUUUAUCCUCCUGAAACAACCAAUGUUUGGGUCACGGGCCAUUCAUUAGGAGGUGCCUUGGCUUCCUUAUUGGGAAGGACCUAUGGCUUACCAGUUGUAGCAUUUGAAGCUCCGGGUGAAAUGUUGGCUACCAAGAGAUUACACUUGCCCCAGCCGCCAGGAAUCCCCAAGUUCAUGGAAAAUAUCUGGCAUGUAGGAAACACGGCAGAUCCAAUUUACAUGGGAGUUUGCAAUGGAGCUUCCAGUACUUGUAAUGUAGCUGGAUACGCCAUGGAAACGGCAUGUCACACAGGCUACCAAUGUGUAUACGAUGUAGUUACAGACUUGGGCUGGCGAGUGAACUUAUUGAAUCACCGGAUCCAUACGGUGAUCGACGACAUCAUCUUGGCCUAUAACGACACAGCACAAUGUAUCGAACAGCCACCUUGUCGCGAUUGUUUCAACUGGAGGUUCACUAGUCACGACGACGAUGUACCAGAUGAACCGGAGAUGCCCAAUCCAUUGAGACCGAAGCCUAAGCCCAAGCCCCUGUCGUCUACCAGCGACGGAAAGAACAACAGGAUCUCAUCUACGGCCACUACGACUAUUCUGCCCACUAGCAGAAAAGCAGACCCUACUUCUUCUGAUAUCAGCGAGCCUAGCGAGUCCCCAAAGAAGUGUUUGGAGAGAACGUGGUAUGGGUGGUGUUCCAAGUGGGGCUACGACGGUGAUGUAGACGAUGAUCAAUAGGGUAAGGCACAGGGUUAAGAAUUAGCAUGUACAAAGGGUGCAUGCUGCUUUUAUUAGAUAUUUGGUAUAUGUAUGGGAUAGGAAUGUUUAUUAGAAUAAGAGAUUG